AGACAGACUCCAGCAUCUUAACCUGUGUGGUCGCUUACUACUCUGGUGACAAUGCCCUAAAAGUGACAUAUACCAACAAGCAAUAAUUCAUCUUAUGAAAGGCAAUUCUCGAACAGAUCAAUGAAAACAAAACGAUGACCAGUUGUGGUCUCCAGUCCUUGAAUACGCUGAUGGUUGUAUUUUCUGUGCUCCUACCAACAGCACUGUCUGCGCAUUUUCGAGUCUGUGAGCCAUAUACAGACUACAAGGGCCGUGAGCAUUUCGGAUUCCACUGCCCACGCCUUUCUGACAAUAAAUCGUACACCUUUUGCUGUCACCAUAACAACACCGUGUUUAAAUACUGCUGUAAUGAGACGGAGUUUCAGACUGUUAUGCAGAUGAACUUAACGGGGAAUGCAGAUGGAUAUAUGCAUAAUAAUUACAGUGCAUUGUUAGGAGUGUGGAUCUAUGGGUUUUUUGUUGUGGUCUUGCUGGUACUAGACCUUUUAUAUUACUCUUCAAUGAACUAUGAUAUUUGCAAACUAUACCUAGCAAGAUGGGGAAUCCAGGGAAAAUGGAUGAAGCCGGAACCAAGCCGGUGGAUUAAACCUUCUCAGGACCCAAGACAAGUACAGACUCAGCCUCCACCUCAGCUUCAGACAUCACAGGCUGUGCAUCCGUUCAAAGAGGAAGCUUUAAAUCCACCACUGAUGUCUUUUCCAAGUUCAACAGCCUG